UCAGUAGCGUGUUGGCUUCGAUAGUGUUCGUGUGUUAGUUGGUCAUGCGUGUUUGGUUGGAACCGCUUGAGGUUGCACAUGUGACGGUUCCUGGACCACGCCCCUUUUUUUGAAAUACUCCCCCGAGAGGCACUGAAAGAUAACGCACCUGGGAAAAAAAGAAGACUUUACUGCCUCGGUGUGCCAACGCUAUUGAGAUAUCAGCUACAUCGGCGAGCACUGCAGUACUUGAAAGACAGUAAACAAUACUGAGGAAAAGAAACACUCGAGGAGAGAGAGAAAAAAACAAGAGGCUCCAAUAGUACUAGUUCGUGCAGUGGUAUAGAUGCAGUCACACUAGUACUAAUACGUAGGAAUUGUUCUUUCACAAGAUGUUUUACUCAGCUUCGAACCUCCUCAAAGACAAAAAGCUCUUUCUUGAAAGGUGGCACAAGAGUGACCACUCAAAUAGGCUGAAAACGGCAGAAGAAGAGCACUAGCUCCGUGCCCACAAUGACAUAUAGCUCAGCUAACCUUAACCUAACUUUUGAAGAAGAGGAUUUCGACAAUGAGGAGUUUUUCAUCGGCAGUACAGAGGCGACGUUCGACAAUGAGGAAUUUUUCAUCGGAAGCACAGAGGCGACGUUCAUCGCUAGCACCACUGCAAGCAAUGCCGGAGAAGAAAGCUGGAUGGCUCUGAGGCAGUAUUAUUCGAAAGUGCUCAUGGGGUUAGCCAGGAACCCCCAAACGGCGGCAGGUCUGAUGGGGCUGAACUCUACGGGACUCGGGAGCUUCCUUUUUCACCUAACAUCCCUUGUUAAGCGUCGGAGGGACCCAGGCCGUACAGUGAUCAUCAUCCUCGUCUACUCGAUCCUGAUAGCCGUCUCCCUUUUCGGGAACCUGUUGGUGUGUCACGUAGUCCUCAGGACCAGGAGGUUACAUACGCUGACCAAUACCUUCUUGGCCAAUUUGGCCGUAUCGGAUCUUCUGAUGACGGCGCUCAACAUCCCCUUCAACGUGGCGAGAGUUUUAUUGGACGACUGGCCGUUUGGCAGUUUCAUGUGCAGCAUGGUUCCAUUCGUUCAGGUGACAUCGGUCUAUGUCUCUGCUUUCACCAUGGUAGCCAUCGCUCUAGACAGGUACCAGGUCAUCGUGCACCCGCUCAAGCCUCGUUUGGGAUCGUUCCACGGAGCCAUCAUCAUUGCCGUGGUAUGGCUUCUGGCUGCACUCGUUUCCUUGCCCUACGCCAUUUACAGCGAGGUUGUGGAGGUUUUCACAUACCGUAAACUUACGCGAUGUCAGGCGCACUACCCUCCCCCGGCUCUGCAAUUUCGCCAGUGGCUGACACUGGCCACUUUCCUGACACAGUAUGUGAUUCCGUUGAGCAUAACUGCAGUGGCCUACGUAGGAGUAACUCGAAGAGUGUGGUGGAGGGCCGUGGUUGGAGCUGCUACUCAAGAGCAACUGUCACUUCAGCUUCGAGCGAAAAAGAAGACAGUCAAAAUGCUCCUGGUUGUGGUGGUGUUAUUUGCCUUGUGCUGGCUACCGCUUAAUACAUACCAUCUCGUUGUCGACUUUGGGGCGUCCGUGGGCCCAUCACGUCAUUCAUCUUCAAUCUUUUUCAUAUGUCACUGGUUUGCCAUGUCUAACGUUUGCUACAAUCCGUUUAUAUACUGCUGGCUUAACGAUCAUUUUAGGGCCGGUGCUAAAGCCUGGUUGCGAUGUGCUGUUCAGAAGGUCUGCUGCAUUCCACUCUCAGAGGAUGUCGAGGAGCCUCCAGGGGCAAGAGUCUCCCGCCCGAGGGAUUCCAUCACAUUAUCAUCCUCUGCGCUAGGUGGAGGUUCUUCCGUAAGGCGCAAGAUUGGUGGAAGUUCAGUUCGUAGUAGUAGCCAUGCAUCUGACUUCCAUGUGACUUUAGAUGAAUUAAUGAUUUCACCGGCAAACAUUCGAAGUAACCAGCAAAGAUACAACACAAAUUCUAUGAAAUAUAGCAGCAAAAGAAGGAGAGGUUUUAGUCACAUUGAAGCAGCGCUUGAUGCUCACUACCAAGAAGAUGAUAAAGCUGUGCAAACGGAUGAUUUAGUUCCGUCAAUAGAGACUUCAAAACCUUCAGUGAUUUCUUGUGAUCUUGUGCAGACAGAUGACUCAAGUCCUUCACCAGGAAAUCCAAAAUCUUCAGUGAUGUCUUGUAGCCAUGGUUCACACAACAUUCCAUCUUUAGAAUUACCAAGAGUGGAAGUUGACCCUCAGUGUAUUCUUAACUUCCAACAUUUAGAAUCUCAAAGACCUUUGAGCACGCAUGUAUUGACAGUAAGGGAAAUUCGUGCACCUGAUAAAGCUCAGAUUUCUGUAAGAGAUAAAGAAGUUGAAGUAGAAAUGAAGAAAAGAGAUAAGGAAACCAAGAUAAACACAGAAAUGGAUGCUACGAACACAGGCAACGAAAGGGCUGGGCAAAGUCCCAGGCUUCUCCCAAUUCCAGAAGAAUCGCCAAAAUCCUGCCAACCAAAAUUACCACAUAAAUAUCUGGACUGUCGGCAGUCCUUUGGGAAAAUCAACUUACUUGGUGAGUCUUCGCCUCGAGAAAUUAGGGAUAAAAUUUUACAAAGGGAAGAUUCUUUUGUUGAAAAUAUAUCUCUAGCUGGUGAACAAAACAAAACAGACAGGAGUAUCUCAAAGAGUCUGUUCCUACUAAGAAACUUGCCCCAGUCCAUGGAAAAGAAAUCAGAACCUAGGAGUAUUAUUAAGGCAAUUCGGGCUAAUGUUGCCACAUCAUUGGCCAAAAAACUUUCCUUCCUCAACUUCAGAGCUUCAUUGGUAAAAGAUGCUGUUAAGAAUUGUGAUGGAGUAGUGGAAAGGCCUUCAUCUCCUAGUCUGUGCUGGUCAGAAGAUGAGACUUCUUCCAGUAUAGAAGUGCAUAGAUGUAUACCAACUACUUCAUCCAUUGAAAGGAGUGAUUCUCUUCCCAUAUCAAGGAGAUUUCAAAAUCAGAAUGUCACUCAGAAUCAAGGGGCAUAUAUGGAUGUUAUUCUUCCCAAUGUAGUUAUGGAAUGCAGUAAUGUUUGUGAGUCCCCAUCCUCAAGGGAAUCGACAAUUCAGAAUCAAAACAAGCAACAAAGUGUAAUAAUAGUGAGACCAGUAGGCACAAAUAGCCACAAAUCAAAUCCUUUUAUUAACAUCCAGCCUAGUGUACCAACUCCAGUUCUAAGACCUUUACUUUCUGCAACAAGAACAUCUUUUAGUGAGUCAAACAUAAAUGAUCCCUCUGCUUCGUAUCAUUACGACAAUUAUUUAGUGGUGCCCGAGCACCUUCAACAUUGUCAUUCGUCCACAAUACGCCCAAGCAGCAGUAAGUGUCCAAAACCCAUACGCCACAACAGCAGCGUAAAUAUUGUUCAAAGUACCCAAACUAGUACUAUGAAUAAUUCUCCUGUCUUCCAUCCAGUUCCUAACAUGAAUGAAAUUGCCGUUCAGACUUGUGUACAACCUGAUCUACGGACUUUCUCGACACCAAAUCUCAGUUCUUCCAAGAGCUGCCCAACUGUUACACAAGAUUGUCUCCAGUCGAGCAGGUCUGUAACUUCGUGGGUGCUAUUUCCAUCCUCAAGUCCACCAGGAACACUUUCUCCAGAUGGUAGUAAUAAUGCUUCUCUCUUCCAGCAGUCAUCUGUAACCUAUGCCGAGGAGUGAAUCAAUGGAAGCCAAGAGGACACACUUUUAGAUACAUUUUAGUAGCAUUUGCUAUAUCUUCUACAGUGACCAUACUAUCGAUGUUGAAACUAAAGUUUGCUUUAUGUUACUACGUUUUGUAUCUUUUCAAAAGUGUCAGUAUGAUGCAUAUCAUCCCAGGAAAUAUUUGUUUAUUUAUAUUGAAUGGACUGAGUGCUCUUCUUUUACAUAAAAGCAUGUUUAAUUUUGAGAAAUAGUAUAAUAAACAUGACUUCUGUUUAUAUAAUGAUAUUUGGAAAAUAUGAUAGGCUCCUAAAGCACUGGUGUCAGAUAAAUCGUCAGGUCAGUUUUGACGCAACCAACAUAGCUUCCAAUUCAAGCUUACUAAUUUGUAGCCAAUUGCUGAUCUCUGCAGUCAGUGUAACAUCAACUGAAGGUUUAUGCAUAAACAGCUUACUAAGCUUGGUUAACGAGUGGAAUUCUGCUACAUUUAGCCUUUGCUGUGCUACCUAUAUUUCAAAGAUAUGAUAUUUGUUUGUUUGGGUGUCAAUGCACUGCAUUUAAUUACAAACACGCAAACCAUAUAUUUACGCUACCCUUUUUAGCCAUCCUUCAUCUAUUUCCCUUGACUUUUUUUUUCUUGCUGGUAUACAUAUUCAGUGAGAAAUUAGUUCAUUUUCCCAUGGAUACAGAUACCUUAGCUAGUAAGCAUAAAGUUCCCUUAGAAUAAGAGGCACUUUAUACUUACAUUUAAGUUGAACAAUGGCUGAGAAUCUGCAUUCAAAGCCCAACAGCAGUAGAGAGGUUACGCUCCUCAUCCAUUCUAGUCAUUUCUUGCUCGCGGUUUUGGCCAGCAUCCAGCCGAUGCUCGCAAGCAAAAGUGUUGUAUCAUCACACUAGGACCUCGUGGUUUCGAGGAGCAGUAGGAAAAAGAAAACAAAACUAAUCAGCUGAUAUCAUCAUGGCGCUCAGAAAUUGUCGGACUGUCGCAAGAUGUGCUGCAGUGAUGUGUUUUCUCGGAAUCUUACGUGAAUACAAGAAUAACAAAAAACGUUUGCGGGUUCGAGAGUGGCUCAGGAGAAGAGAAGCCAAAGGUCUGAGAGUAGUCCUAUCAGCAGCAGCCAUCUUGUUUGUUUACAUUACGCGGUCGCUCGCAGUUCGCGCUCGCUGCUUCCCAUCCAGUCGGGAAGCCAAAAUCUCGAGCUAAAAGCUCCCGGUUUUCCAUUUUCGGCAGCAACGGCUCGCUGCUGGAGAAAAAAAGGCCUAGUGUGGGUGACUGGCUGGCCUGUAGCCACUACUGCUCUUCAUAGAUCUUGCUUAGGCACGAGCAACAAAGGUUUGUGUACGCAAAAGUACUAUAGUAGAUUCACAUCAACCAUGCAUUUGAUGUUUAGGCCAGUCCCUUACGACACUCCUGAUUGGCUGUUGAUAAGCCAAUCACAGGGCUGGAAACUCUCAGUCUCUCGAGAGAGUUCACAUGGCUAGGUUCUAUGUUCCACCUCUCCUGAAGGAUACUUUUGAUAGACGUAUCCCUAGGAGAGGUGGAACCUACAUCCUACCUAAGUGAACUCUCGAGAGAGACUGAGAGUUUUCAGUUGUAAUUGGCUUAUCAACAGCCAAUCAGGAGCGUCGUAAGGGACUGGCCUAGACAUCAAAUGCACGGUUGAUGUAAAUCUACUAUAGUAAAGCUCGACAGAGCCAUUCACAGCAUGGUACUGGUUACUGGUUCUAUAUACCAUCCAUCCGUCUAUCUAUCCAUCCAAACAUCCAUCCUAUACUGUCUGUAGUUCACUCCAUCCACUUGUUCUAAAGUAUUUUGAUAAGCUUUACAUCUAUUUUGUCUCGAGAGAAUUCAAUGCACGCUAUGUAUAUUAUUUUGAUAUCUACGUAGUAUAUAAGCAGAAGAUUCUAAAUUAUUACGCUCCAAAGGAAAUCUUUCCGAUGUUUACAUGCAGUCGAGUGUGGCAAAUGUUCCUUUAUACCGAUUGACAGUGACCCCCUGACGUGAAAGGAUUUAUAACAUCAAAAUGGUGCAACUGUAAACACUGUUGAACGGGUGUAAGUAAUAUUCCAAACAUGGAAUAUUUAACACCUGAGUGAUGAGAAUAUGAAACUUAUCUGAACUGGUUUUUUGGUUCAACAACGGAACGUAAAACUGUCACACCACCUGAAUUGACGUGGAAAAUAUAAUUGAAGGUAUUCAGAAAAUUAAUAUCAUUCUAGAAAAAAAUAAAAUUGGAUUUUUAUGUCGUGAUGCCUGACGGGUACAUAACUGAAAAACAUGCAAGCUAGAAAUUUACAGAGCUUGUGAACACUAAUGUAAUGGUAUGAAGCUACGUGUGUAUUGUCGGUAAGGGAACGGUGCCAAAUAAAUAAAAUUUCCUUGAAAUAUUUUUGUGAAUUAUUAGUGCAAACGGAGCACGGUAUAAAUGUUAUAUUUCCAAUAUUCUACUGUAUUUUAAAGUGAAAAUGUCUUCUAAUGUUAGUUUUACGUAAUGCCAGAUAAUCUAAAUUUCAAAACUGCUUGUCAAGAGGCCCGUACCAAGAGUUUUUUUUUAGGGGGGGUCGUUUUUCCCAAAACUGGGCCUUUUCUUCUACAAAUGUCAUUGCAUAUAUAUAGGUAGUAUAUACAAGAUAAAAUACUUGUAAAUGUUAUUUUAGUAAUAAAUUGAGAAGAAACAUUGGGUACCUAUGCUGUCUGUGCCCUUUUACCCAAUUAGAUGUUAUUCAAAGUACUGGCUUUGGUUGACAGAAUUUUACACUUACAAUGUUGAAAGUUUACACUGAAAUUCAAAGUUAUUUCUUCAGUUUUAUUGAUUGAUUCCUUUAUUAUGUUAACAAUAACAUCCAUAUUGCUUUAUUUGUUAUGUUAUAUACUUUGACUUAACAAAAAACAAUGAUUAUUUAUUACUUUGUAAGUACAGUUCAGUGAAAAAGAUAGUCAUAGAAAAUAUGGACUUCCAGAAAUUGGGGGGGGGUCGUUUGACCCCUCCCUGAACCUUCCCCCCCCCAACCCCCUCGGUACAGGCAUGCAAUUAUUGCUCGUUCUGCAAAUGUUUCUGUCUUCCGCUAAUACAAGAGCUGAGUUAGGUGGUUAUUUAGUUAAGAUGUAAUGAAAUAUAAGUGUAUCUCAAUUUUUAAACAGUUUGCAGUUAAAAAUUCGAUUAUUCUAAUACAUUUAAAGAGAACUAAUUUUCCAGUUGAGAUUCUAGGUCUAAUGACACCUGUGCAUUGGCACUCAGAAUUAACCCAAACAUAAAGGUUGUUGUCCAUUAAAUCAAAUCAAUCGAUAAUUUCACUUAUGAAAUUAUCAGCUGUAUUAUAUAUGCUUGGUAGAUAUUUACUUAUAUGUUAAAUUUUGUGAAGUAUGUUCUCCACUGGUCUAAAAUAAAAGAAUGGAGACGAAGGGUACGACAGAACAGCGAUGUUUAUGAAGAGAGUUGGGAGACACGGUCGAAAGAAUUAGACCUAAAGGGGAAGAAGAGGUCUUUGAAUUAGCGUUUGCGGGAAAAACGUGCACACACCCUGAGCUGUAAUAUUUUUGUGCAAAGAAGUAACCACGCAGAUUUAACCAAAUUCAAAUUCAAAAAGUUUAUUGAUAUACAUCAAAUGGAGUGUAGCAUCGUGCUGCUAUACUCACCUACAAAAUUCAAAAGAUUUAACUACGUGAAUUUUUCUGUAACUCCGGAAAAAUGAAACCACAUUGACAUGCUACUUAAUCAAGACUAGUGUACUUCACACACACACACACACACAGACACAAGUUACUGGCAUUGUGUGAAAACAGGUAUUCUAUAGAAUUCCUAAGCAAUAUAAAGUGUCGAAAAUCACCGGUCAAAGUAUGAAAUACUUCAUAUUCCAUCCAUUUCUAAGGCAUUCUAUAGAUUGUCAAAAGGCAAACAGGCAGAGUAUAGAACGCAGUAGUCCCAUUAGUGACGCCUGGAAUAUGGAAGGAUAUGGAGUAAGAAUUUUUGCGUAAUAUUUGCUGGUGUUUGGGAGAUAGGUACUACUGUGCGAGUUCCUAUCUGUUGGCAGUUAUGAGUAUGGCUGCUGAUGGGAACAACACAAGGAAUUUUAAAGCAACUUCACACAAGAUCACAAUUCAUUGUUUGUCCCAAAGAACUUACUCAAGAGUUGAAAGAUGUACCUUACCCUGUUGCUACCAUUCAGUCCAUGGGGAGCGAGCAGCGACCAAGGGUUUAUGAGGUGUGUGCAAGACUGAAAAUUAAGUUCAAUUCAAAUUUCCAAUCUAGCCUUCUUUGUUGCAGCGAGUAAUUAAGUCAUGAAAUAAUUGUGAUUCUCUUGUUCUCCC